ACCUGACCUGUGGACAGCCAAUGAGGGAUCAUGACAACACUGCAUUGCUCGGUGUUAUAUUUACAUCAUCUGUGUCAGAAAGGCUGCACAGAGCUCAGCAGGAGACUCAGCUGCACAAAACUACAGCAUCUCAUCACUGGAGAAACCUGCUCCACACUGGAUCUGAACUUUGAUUAUUACACUUUUUGACAGUUCUCUCAAAGAACAACAUGAAUUCAAACAACUCAGUGUUUGGUCAGACUUUAGCGCAGGUGCACAGUAAGUUUAUUAUCGUGCAGGUGCUGGUGGUGAUUUUUCUCUGCGUCAACUUGUUGCUGAUCGUGACCUUCUUUAAAAAUGAAUGUUUCUACACAACUAUUCGCUACAUCCUCUUUGCUGUGACGUUACUGUCGGACAGUUUCCUGUUCUUAGCGUCUGACUUUAUUUUCAUCUUUAACAUUUUCCGAGUCACCAUGCAGGUUUCGUUGUGCAGCGUCAGCUGCAUCAUUAUGGGCUUGUACCUCAUCGUCACACCGGUGACUCUCACAGUGAUGACGCUGGAGCGCUACGUGGCCAUUUGUAUGCCCCUACGUCACGCGGAGCUGUGCUCCACACACAGCAGUGUACACGUCAUCCUCGUCAUUCACGGCCUCAGCUCUGUGCCCUAUGCCGUCAUUUUUAUCACCUUCUUUGCUUCAGCAUCUGUUGACUUUUUCUAUCAAUAUAGGACAUGCAUUGUGGAGAUUUUCAUUUUGUAUAAAUGGCAGGAUCACAUCAGGUCAGCUGUGUUUCAGUUCUACUUCCUCAUCAUGUGUCUCAUCAUCAUGCUGUGCUACAUUAAAAUAAUGAACGUGGCCAGAACUGCGUCAGGAGAUGAUAAAAUAUCCUCCAGGAAAGGACUCAGGACGGUGACUCUUCAUGCUUUCCAGCUGCUCCUCUGUCUCAUCCAGUUUUGGUAUCCUUUAAUAACGUCCAGUCUAAUUAAUAUUGAUUUCACUGACUUACAACAUGUCCGUUUUUUUUGCUACAUAAUGUUUAAUCUUGCACCGCGGUGUCUUAGUCCUCUCAUUUAUGGCCUCAGGGAUGAAAUGUUUCUCCAUGCACUGAGAAAAUGUCUCUCCUGUGGCUUGUGUGACAGAAAAUAAUGGUUGCUUUAAUUAUUUACUUGUCUUAUUCUGUUAGAUAAUCUGCUUCAUUUAAAAUUCUGUAUAUGGACGGUUAAAUACAUGUAGUAAAACUGCCAAUAAACACCACAACUAUCUACCUAAUUAUGUAAUAUACUGUGUACAUAAGAUUUGCUGCUUUAGGGAAUGACUGACAGACCUGAUAUAAACCGAUUAUAUAACUGUUAUAAUGGCCUGAAAUUGAACCUCUAUGCCACUUGAAUUAAUCUAUGUCCAUCUUGUCAAGGUUGUCAACUGUUUUUCUUUUAUGUAAUGUGUGUAAAUGGGAUGGGGUGCUUUGAAAGGUCAGUGGGGUUAACCGGCUAAAAUUGAGAAGCCUAACUUACACAAAAAGUCCAUUACCGUUGCCACACGACACUAGUCAUUAUUUGGAGAUGACAAAACAAGUUUUAAUAGGCAUUAUGUCAACGUGGUACCUUCCUCUUCACUCAACAGAACACUGUGGCGUUUAAAUAUUACGUUUAAAGGGUCUGGUAUCGAGCAAGGAAGCCGUGAGACGCAAUGUAAUUCCCACCGUGUAAUAAAAUUAAAUAGGGCAGCAAUGAUUAAAUGAAUAAUCCUUUAUUUACUAGAUAUUAUAAUAAUCUUUAACUAUUGUUAUUGAUAUUUGUUCUUAAAAUGUGGAUAUUUCCUGCAACAGUUUGGUUUUAGUGUUUUGCACCACAAGAAACAUAAUGUUUGUCCGUGGCUGUAUAGCCCACGAGGAUAGAGGCUGUUAACCCCGGAGACUAGCGAUAUUUGUCCUGCUCAUUUUCUUUAACAGGUUUAAACACAAUGAACCUGACAUACACAGUGUACAGUGAUUGUUCACUUUAAAACUCUUCUGGAAUAAAACAAAAAUCACGGUCACGUUAUGCCCAAGCUGACUUCCUCUAGAGUACAGCAUCAGAGCACAGAGUAACCAACCCGCUACUGAAACCUACUGGUAUAAUUAAAUACCGUCUGAAGUCACUUUUCCACACUAACAUUACAGCUCACAUUGUACAGCUAAGCUAACCACAAUAAAAACCUAUUUGCACUCUUGAAUGCACCAUAAAUUGGUCCAUGAGUAUUCCAAGACACUGAAGACAUAUUCUGAUACGACUCAAUUUUGCUGUGUAGUGUAUUACGUGUUAUAUAUUAUACUAUACGUAUUAAUAAAUCACAUAAACACAUACAGUAUAACACAUGAUACCACACAGAAUUAUUUGUUGUACGUUAUACUGUACGUGUUAUUGGUCAAGGUUUAUGAAACAUAAUAAUGAACCACAUAUGGUGUUAUAUGUUAUACUGUUCGUUAUUGAUGAAGGUUUUAUUAAAUGUAAUGGCAUGGGGAAGCCUAAUGUUGGACAACUGUAUGUUAUGUCCAGGAUUAAUAAUUUUAUUUUCGAUAACAACUUGGGGAAGUGAAACGGGAAUCAUCAUUAUUGUUCGAGGGAGAAUUGCGACUGAAUCCAUUGCCUUGCAGUGAGGUUUACUCCACAUUGGUAACUAACUAUUUUGUGAAGAGGAGGAACUCUGCAUUUGCUUCACAUUGACCUUUUAAUAUUAAAAGUGUGACAGAGAAUCUUAGCAGUAUCCUGAUACAUUAAAUGAAUCAUGUAGUGAAUAAAAAAUGUUUUAAAUUUCCCUGAAACUAAUGUCACAGAGUCUAAAUCUGUUGGUAUAUUUCCUUACCUGGACAUAAUCAUCUCUGAACAGACACCCAUCGCUAUAGGGAGC